AUGAGUUGGGAUCCACGACCACCUGGAGAGGACGACCCAAUUUACGACUGCAUGGCUGUGUAUUUGGGGCACGUUGGUAGGAUUGAUUACUGGUAUAGGGUUGAAGAUGAGGGUGAAUUGAAGAGGAUGGAGUUUGACUCAGAAGUUAUUCAAAUGUGUGAAAAUGUGCCUGAGGUUAGGAUGAUUAACAUGUACAUGGAUCAUCGGGACAACAUUGAUGAUGUUCUUAAUAGCCAGACUGAUUCUAGCCUACCAGAGUUUGAUAAAGCAAUUGUUGUACAUGAUAGGUUGGAUAAAGUUACAUCCAAUGAGGUACAUAAGACUAGGAAACCAACUCCAUCCAUGAAUUCAGCUACUACCAAAGGCAAAGCAAAGGUGGCAGCAGUUGAUGAAGGCAGUCUACAACAUGAGACAAACAGAGAUACUUCCAAAGGCAAACAAAAGGUGGCAGCAGUUGAUGAUGAGUGUGUACAACAUGAUACCACCAAAGCUAGGACCAAAGGCAAACAAAAUGUGGCAGAAGUUGAUGAAGGGUUUGUAGAUGCUGAGAUAAAUGAAGUAAGAAGAUCUGUUAGGAAGAGGAACCCCUCAAUUCAACAAGAAGCUGAUGAAGCUGAUGAUGCUGACGAUUCUUCAAAAACUGAUGAUGAGAGUGACCCUGACUUUGUGGAUAAUGAAUACGGUAUUGAUGAGGAUGAUGAUGAUGAAGUGUUCUUAAACGAGGUUGACAUAGAUGGUGAGUGGGGUGGAGCAAAUGCUGAGCAAUCAAUACCAAAGCCUUCAUUUGUGGAAGACUUUGUAGAUAAUGAAGACAUGUAUGCAGACAGUGAUGAGAAGCAGCACCUUAGGAGAGCACCACAAUCAGAUGAGGAGAGCACUGGCCAUAGAUUCCCAGAGUUUAAUACUUCUUGUGACAUGGGAAUUGUGGAGUUUGAAGUUGGCAUGCAGUUUGCAAAUAGUUCUAGCUUCAAAGAGGCUCUGAAAGCCAUUUGA